AUGAAUUAUGAAAGUUUAAUAAAACAUGAGAUGAUGUUCCCUACCAACCAUAAGACUAUAUUUGUUUUGGACCACACGCCUUACUUUGGAAUAUCUUCUGAAAGUCCAAUAGAUUUCGAUGUCCCUAAAAACCGGGGUUAUCUUCCUGUACCACCGAUUUGUAAGUCUUUAUGGACAUGUAGUGUAGAAGCUGCCGUUGAGUACUGUCGUAUUGUAUGGGAUCUUUUUCCAGACGGAAAAUUGGUCCGGUUUGUAGUGAGUGAUUCAGCUGCACAUAUCCUAAACACUUGGGCAGUAUCACAACAGAAUCUAACUCAUAUUUUAAAUGGCUUAUGCCUAGUGGGCCCAGUGCGUCGCGGAGCUGGUGGUGAUGUUGCGGGCUUAUGUGCUGCUAUACAAGCACUAGGGGAGCCCUCACCCGCACAGGCUGCAAGACCUACUGAUCGCCAUUUUCAGAAUCACGGCCGUAUAAUUUGUAUAACUAGUGCUAGAGAUGACGAUUCCAUUAGAAGUUUAGCAGAAAUCGCGCACAACACACUUGUACAACAGAACAAGAAAGCUGCGAUAACACCACAAGCAUCUACUUCAGAAUCGACGAGUACGACCCCUCAAUCUUUGGUGGUGCAUUACUGUCAUUUAGUAAUAAUCAAUGUAACACCAGAAAAUGCAGAUAUCAGAGUUACUAACCAACCACUCACAGAAAUGGGAGGUGGCAUAAUCGGUGUGGAAGUCAUAGUGUCACGGGCAAGUGCGUUAGCGAAUCUCCUCGGCCGUCUGGUACUGCCACACUACCGGCUUGCCACUACCACGGUUACUGGGAUUCCUAUGAAGGAAGAACAAAACGCAAGUUCCAGUGCGAACUAUGACGUGGAAAUAAUACACCCAGCAGAAGCGCAUACUGGUUUAAGGGCAUCACAAACACCCGCUGAAGCAGCUGAAUCUGUUGUAUUGAGAUGGUGGACACCACGUGGUGCGGAGGGUGGGGCUGGAGGCUGUUCAGGUGCGCUAUGGCGAGUUACCCCAGCUGAUGUAGCUUCGCGGCCUUCCGCCUGUCUCGUCAAUUUCCUUCUUAAUGGACGCUCAGUCACGCUUGAAGUGCCUAGGAAAGGAGGUGGACGGUCAGCGUCCCACGUGUUAGCGGCUCAGGGCGGUGAGUUGUGGAUUGGAGCAUUAGGUGGCCGUACGCCUUAUGACGACCCACCUGCGUUGUCUGAAGGUGCUGGUGGAAGGGUAACAGAUUAUAGAAUAAAGGAAUUCGGUGCUUUAAUGCAACAGAACAGGUUGUACCCGAUGCGCGGGCCCGGCGCCAACGGGCGGGCGCGAGCGCGCCUCCAGCGCCACACCACGUACUGGCCCCUCACUAUAUCCUCCACGCUCAUCUUCAAUCUAGGAUCUGUGUUAGAGCCCCUCACCCGACUUGUGGUACAAGAGACUCUAACAGACGAAGAAGUGGAUACUUGUCGAAACGUGCUACUGUCGCUACUCAGUAUGGAGUCUCGCCAUGAGUUUCCGACCUCGCAGCUACCUUCUAACAUGAGAGGCAAGUCGAUGGGUCGGCGCGAGGAGCUGUGGCGCCAGGUGUGGGCGGAGCUGGAGGCGCUGGUGCGCGCGCACGCGGCCGCGCCGCAGCACCGCGCGCUGCUGCGCGUGCUGCUCGACUGUCGCGCGCAUAACAACCACCCCGCCGACGGCGAAUCUCGUGCUACAGUUAUCAGAGCGACCACCGACUCGCCGCUGUCGCCGGUGGGCGCGGGCAACGGCGCUAACGGCGGCGGCGCCGGCGCCGGCGGCGACGUGUGGGCGCCGCGCAACGCCCUGGACGCGCUGCUCGGCGCGCCGCGGCCCGCGCGCCGCCCCGACUUCGCGGGACGCAUGGCGGCCGGCACCAGGGUCGCCACGCUCUACCCCAAUCUGAACAAGGAGGUUGAAACGCAACAUUAG